GGAGCUUGCCUCCGGAGUUCAGUUCACAGCAUCAGUACCGAAACUUGCGCUGUCCUUACUCUGCGUUGGUUCUUCUAGACAAAGAAAAACAUUAUCUAAGCUAUUUAUAGCUGGUAGUCUAUAUCUAAAGGCUGGUGCCAGGUUUGGGUUCUCCAAGACUGGGUAUGCGCGUUUUCUUUUGAAGGAUAUGGUCACAACCCCGGUCUCAAAGUGGAGCCACGCACAUCUCGGAUCGGCGCGCUCCUCCAGGGGCUAGGAUGCGCGCCCGGAACGUCAAGGUUCUUGCCCGGGUUUGGGUCUGAACAGGAAUCCACUGCCCCGGGGCGCCGAGGCAGGAGGACCCAGUCGACCCGUACCAGGAUGCCGGUGAUGAGAGGUCUGCUGGCGCCGCAGAACACCUUCCUGGACACCAUCGCCACCCGCUUCGAUGGCACCCACAGUAACUUUGUCCUGGGUAACGCCCAGGUGCAAUCCCUCUACCCUAUUGUCUACUGUUCUGAUGGCUUCUGUGAGCUGACCGGCUACGCCCGCGCCGAGCUGAUGCAGAAGAGCUGUGCAUGUCAUUUCCUGUACGGGCCGGAGACCAGCGACCAGCUGAUGGCGAAGAUCCAGGGGGUGUUGGACGACAGGGGGGAGUUUAAGACCGAGCUGGUGUUCUACAAGAAGGGAGGUACCCAGUUCUGGUGUCUGCUGGACAUCGUGCCCAUUAAGAAUGAGAAGGGAGAGGUGGUGCUGUUUCUGGUCUCCCACAAAGACAUCACUGACAACAAGAAGGACCAGGACCCAGAGCAAGGCCCAGAGACUGAUGAGGAGACGGGUCUGGAGAUGCACAAGGUCACCCGUCCCCCAGGCUUCAACACCAACCGCAGACGCAGCCGGGCGGUGCUCUACCACCUGUCUGGACACCUGCAGAAACAGGACAAGAGCAAGAUCAAACUCAACAACAACAUGUUUGGGGACAAGCCGCCCAUCCCAGAGUACAAGGUGGCAGCAAUUCAGAAAUCCCGAUUCAUCUUGCUCCACUACGGGACCUUCAAGGCUGGCUGGGAUUGGCUAAUCCUGUUGGCUACCUUCUAUGUCGCAGUCACAGUGCCCUAUAAUGUGUGUUUCACUGUGGUGGGGGGGCGGGACGAAGGAAGCUCCGCCCCCCGCAGCCCCCCCAGUGUGAGUGACAUCCUGGUGGAGAUCCUGUUUAUGCUGGAUAUCGCGUUGAACUUCCGGACGACCUUUGUGAGCACGUCGGGCCAGGUGGUGUACGAUGCCCGCUCCAUAUGUGUGCACUACGUCACCACCUGGCUGUUUGUUGACCUCAUCGCUGCMUUGCCCUUUGACCUGCUCUAUGCGUUUAACGUCAGUGUGUACUUUGGGGUCCACCUGCUGAAGACAGUGCGGUUGCUGCGUCUGCUGAGGCUGCUCCAGAAGCUGGAGCGUUACUCCCAGUACAGUGCUGUAGUCCUCACCCUGCUCAUGUCCAUGUUCGCCCUGCUGGCCCACUGGAUGGCCUGCGUCUGGUACUUCAUCGGACGCAGAGAGAUCGAAAACAGCCCCAACUCCUGGGACACUGGUUGGCUACACGAAUUGGGAAAGCGUCUGGGCACCCCUUAUUUCGUAUCUCCCCUGGCCACUCUGGCUCCUGAUUUGCUGCACCCUGCAAUAGUCGACUCCCUCCAUGCCAACAGCAGCCAAUGGAAUGUGUCUGGGUCGGAGCUGGCGGGGCGGGACUCGUGGAACUCCAGCCAGUGGAACGUCACAGGGACUGGGGCAGGGGCCUUGGCUGCCCUGAUGCAUGCGGUGGUGUUUGGUAACGUGACAGCCAUCAUUCAGAGGAUGUACUCUCGGCGCUCCCUCUACCACACCCGUACCAAGGACCUGAAGGACUUCAUCCGGGUCCACCGCCUGCCCAAGGCCCUGGAGCAACGCAUGCUGGAGUGCUUCCAGACCACCUGGUCUGUCAACAACGGCAUCGACGUCAGUGAGGUGGUUUGUGAAGGACUUCCAGAUGAGCUGAGGGCAGACAUCGCAUGCACCUUAAACAAAGAGCUGCUGCAGCUGCCGCUGUUUGAGUCGGCCAGUAGGGGGUGUCUGCGCUCCCUGUCCCUCAUCAUCAAGACGUCAUUCUGCGCGCCGGGAGAGUAUCUCAUCCGCCAGGGAGACGCCCUGCCCAUCUACUUUGUCUGCUCUGGUCAAUGGAGUGCUGAAGGAACACUUGUGCUGGCUAUACUGGGAAUCAGUAACGGCUCCCUCUCCCACGGCCCCCCCUCCCACGGCUUCACCUCCCACGGCUUCACCUCCCACGGCUCCACCUCCCACGGCUUCCCCUCCCACGGCCCCCCCUCCCACGGCUUCACCUUGCCACGGCUCCCCUCCCACGGCUUCCGCCCCUCCCACGGCUUCACCUGCCACGGCUUCACCUCCCACGGCUCACCUCCCACGGCUUCACCUCCACGGCUUCCCCUCCCACGGCCCCCCUCCCACGGCUUCACCUGCCACGGCUCCUUCCUCCCACGGCUCCCCCUCCCACGGCUUCACCUCCCACGGCUCCCCCUCCACGGCCUCUCCCUCCCACGGCUUCACCUCCCACGGCUUCACCUCCCACGGCUUCACCUCCCACGGCUUCCCCUCCACGGCCCCCCCUCCACGGCUUCACCUGCCACGGCUCCUCCUCCCACGGCUCCCCCUCCCACGGCUUCACCUCCCACGGCGUCCCCCUCCCACGGCUUUCCCUCUCCACGGCUUCACCUCCCACCAGCGCCUCCACCUCCCACGGCCCUCACCUCCACGGCUCCCCUCCCACGGCCCCCCUCCCACGCUUCACCUGCACCGGCCCUCCUCCCACGGCUCCCCUCCCACGGCUUCACCUCCCACGGCUCCCCCUCCACGGCUUUCCCCUUCCCACGGUCUCCUCCUCCCACGGCUCUCCUCCCACGGUCCCCCUCCCACGGCUACCCCUCCCACGGCUUCACCUGCCACGGCUCCCCCUCCCACGGCUCCCCCUCCCACGCUUCACCUGCCACGGCUCCCCCUCCCGGCUUCACCUGCCACGGCUUCACCUGCCACGGCUCCCCCUCCCACGGCUCCACCUGCCACGGCUUUACCUCCCACGGCUCCCCCUCCCACGGCUCCCCCGCCACGGCUUCACCUCCCACGGCUCCUCCCUCCCACGGCUCCCCCCUUCUCCCACGGCUCCCUCCCCUUCCCACGGCUCCCCCUCCCACGGCUUCACCUGCCACGGCUCCCCCUCCCACGGCCCUCCCCCCGUUCCUCACCUCCCCACGCGUCACCUGCCACGCUUCACCUCCCACGGCUUCACCUCCCACGGCUUCACCUCCCACGGCUCCACCCUGCCACAGCUCCCCUCCCACGGCUUCACCUCCCACGGCUCCACUCCCACGGCUUCACCUCCCACAGCUUCACCUCCCACGGCUUG